AUGUCUACAUCCUCGGUGAUAUCUGGUAGCGGUAGCACUAAAUCGACUGGAUGUCGCUCAAUUGUUAUUGCUCCACCCAUAGUACCGUCACAGUACAAUGCAAAAAAUGCUGGUAGAAAGAAGACAAAUCCGGUUUGGAACUUUUUCGUGGAUCUGAAAACGAAAGGACUGACUGGUGUACGAUGCCGUUAUUGCGAAUGGAUAACAAAUGACCGCAGUCCAACAACGCUGAAAUUUCACUUAAAACGUAAACACGACACAGGCCUUGGUGGUAUUUGGAACAUUGUGGAAGAACGAAUUGGCAUUAAUCAGCCGCAGGGUCGUAGUCGUCUUGUUGUUAAUAAUAGAAAUAAUGUUGUUUCACUUAUUCCUUCACAGGGUGAAACAGCCGCCUUUGCGAUCCCUGUGGAUACUGAAAUGAGACCAGAACCAGAUAGAGAACAGCAAUGUUAUCCUGGUGAGUAUCCAUUUGGUUCGCUGCCCGAAAUUAUAGAAUUGUGUGCAAUAUUUGAAGCAGGUGCUCGUGUUGUUGUGGAUACAAAGCCAAGUUCGUCACAGCAGGCAUUAUUAGAUCAAUUCAUACAGAAUGCUACAAAAAAUGCGAAAUUAAAUGGCACACUUGCUGGAAUUACUACGUCAACAUCUGUUUACACACGGCCAGCACCACAGCUGCAACCUUCCACUAAUAUCGGAAGUAUCACCUGUGGACAGGAUAAUGUUUUUGAUACGAAAGGAUUGAUCGAUGAAAAUUUAAUACCGGCAAGAGCUGUGAAGAUUUUCCCUUCUAAGGCGGAUUGCGAUGAUGGUGAAGAUGCGGGUGAAGGUAAUGAACCAUUGUAUGUGCUAAGUGACGGAAGCAAUUUGUCUGAACUGUUGCAUGUCGCCAACGAUAUGGAUCUGGCCUUUACAUACAAUUCUAGGCGAACUGGAGAAUUUUGUUUUGAAUCAAAUGCACAAGAUAUGAGGGGUCGUUUGGUUGUGUUUGCGGAUCUCGGAACCAAAGUUGCUGUACGUGAACGUUUCAAUGGCAGUGAUCUGAGCUAUGAAGAAUGGAACAAAGCUGAUUGGAAGCAGUUCCUUUGGGCAGUACGCGGUAAAUGCAUGAAUGUCCUUAGGGGACUUUAA